AUGAGGCCCCCAAUCCUGAUCGCUGUCCUUCUCUUGCUCUGGGGAGUUUGGGCAGAGGAAGAGGAAUGCCACUCCCUGGAGGAACACCCGGGUGGGGAGAGUGGAGGACUCCCCCUAAAAGUGAACAUCAGCAGCCAAGGGACAUCUACUAGGCUUUUUGUGAGCUGGGAUGCUCCAGAGCCAGGGGGGCCUGGCCAUGCCCUCCACCUCACCCGCCUGAGUCCCCUCGGCUCUCCUGAAGGGCAGCAGCUCCAGGUCCACACCAAUGCAUCUAGCUUUGAGUUUCAGGACCUGGUGCCAGGGAGUCGUUAUCGACUGGAAGUGACUGCCCUUCAUCCUUGUAUGCGGAAUGCCACGGUCACCCUCACCACCCGCACUGCCCCAACGACUGUCCGGGACCUUCGACUCCUGAGCUCUGGGGACCCAUCCACCUUAGAGGCCUCCUGGGGUGCUGCUCCUGGGGAACAGGAUGGCUACCAACUUCUGCUCUACCACCUGGAUUCCCAGACACUGGUACACAAUAUCUCCACAUCCCCGGUCACUCUGUCCUACAGCUUUGGCAACCUCUCACCAGGGAGCGAGUAUGCUUUGGAGGUUACCACCUGGGCUGAUCACCUCCAAGCAAAGACCAGCAUCUACCAGUGGACAGCUCCCGUGUCUCCGGAUAACCUGGAGCUGCUUGCCAUGGGCACCAGUGCUCUGCAAGCCUCCUGGAACAACUCAGAGUGGGCUGCCUGGCUCUACCUAUCACUCACAGACCUCUUGGGUGGCACCAACCUGACUGCAGUUGUUGGACGGGGGGUCUUCAACUAUACCUUCCUUCACCUAUCUCCGGGGACCCCCUAUCAGUUGAUGCUUACUGCUGUGGCUGGGCCCCAUCGGGCAGCGGGACCCAACAUCACCGAGUGGACCUAUCCCUCUGCCCCGCUAGAACUGGUGCUAACCCCCCUGCCCCCAGAGCUCUGGGCAAGCUGGAAGGCAGGCCCAGGUGCCCUGGAUGGCUACCUGCUGAGGUUAAGUGGGCCUGUGGAGAAGAAUGCCACUCUGGGCCCUGGGGACCUGAAUGUCACAUUCCCAGGGCCCCUGCCUGCUGGACACUAUGCUCUGGAGCUGAAGGUCCUGGCUGGGCCUUAUGAUGCUUGGGCCCAGGCCAGUGCCUGGUUGGAUGAUUCUGCAGUUCAGCACAGACAGAACCAUGGCGCCACACUGCAGCUGGAUGGGCUGGAGGCAACCAGGGAGCCUGGGAGGCGGGCUCUGCUCUAUGCCAAGGGUGCCCCAGGCCUCCUUGGAAAUAUCUCUGUGCCAUCUGGUGCCACCCAGAUCACGUUCUGUGGGCUGGUGCCCGGGGCCCGCUACCAGGUGGACAUUGCCUCAUCUCGGGGAGUCAUCACCCAGAGCCUCACAGGCCACACAAGACCACUGGCACCGCAGUCAUUGGAAGCUACCAUCAGGGACAGCCCCUCUGAGCUGACCAUUGGCUGGACCCCAGCACCAGGGCAGCGGGAAGGCUACAUGGCUGCCUGGCACCAGGAGGGUAAACCAAGCUCACGCAGCAGUCCUGUACAUUUGGGCCCAGACAAUUCCAGCCUGGCUCUGAGGGCUCUGGUUCCGGGCUCCUGCUACACUGUGUGUGUAUGGGCCUGGGCGGGGAACCUCAACUCCAGCAUCCAGAGGACCCGUGCCUGUACUGUCCCUGCUCCUCCUGCCAACCUGAGCCUGCAUUUUGCUGCCCAGCCUCCUGUCAUGAUGGCUUCCUGGAGGCCCCCACCUGGAGUCCGAGAUGGUUUCCGGCUUCGACUUUAUCGCUUGAGGCCCCUGUUUCUGGAAUCUGAGGAGAACCUAACUCCAGAAGCCCAGAACUUCCACUGGGUCCAGCUGACCCCAGGCACCAAGUUCCUGGUGCAGUUAGUCACUCUGCGGGGCCCGGAUAACAGCAGCAGUGCCAAUGCCACGGGCUGGACACCUCCCCUUGCUCCUCCUCUGGUCACUGUGACGAGUGAAGGCCCUACGAAGCUCGGGACAUCCUGGGUCCAUGCUCCUGGGGGCCGGGAUGGCUACCAGGUGACUCUGUACCAGGCAGGUGUCUGGGCAGGCACCAGCACUGUGGGACCUGAGGAGGAUAGCACCAGCUUUUCAACUCUGACUCCAGGCACCAAGUAUGAGGUGGAGGUGGUCUCAAAGGCUGGGCCCCUUCAAGCUGUGGCAGCCAAUGCCUCUGGCUGGACUCCCCCGCUCUUGCCCAGUGAGUUGUUGGUGUCCAUGCAGGCGGGCAGUGCCGUGGUCAGCCUGGCCUGGGCCAGUGGCCCCUUGGGGCAGGGGCUAUGCUACACCCAGCUAUCAGAGGCUGGGUACCUCUCCUGGGACCAGCCCCUGGUGCUCGGCCAAGCCCACCUCAUCCUGAGGGGCCUCACACCUGGACGAAACCUCUCAUUGUCAGUGCUGUGCCAGGCGGGUCCUCUCCAGGUCUCCACUCACUCCGUGGUGCUGCCCGUUGAGCCUGACCCUGUGGAGGAUGUACAAUGUAAGCCCGAGGCCACCCACCUGGCCCUGAACUGGACGGUGCCCACCGGUGACGUGGACACCUGCUUGGUCGUGGCAGAGCAGCUGGCAGCCGGAGGGAAUGCUCACCUCAUCUUUCAGGCCAACACCUCUGGAGAUGCUGUCCUCUUGACUAACCUGGUGCCCUCCACGUCCUACCGCCUCAGCCUCACUGUGCUUGGUAGCAAUGGGCUGUGGAGCCGGGCGGUCAGCCUGCUGUGUGCCACUUCUCUGGAGGCCUGGCACCCCCUAGAGCUAGCUGUGGCCCCCCAUCUGGAGCUUGAGACAGGGAUGGGAGUGGUGAUCAAGCGGGGCAUGUUUGGUGAGGGUGACGGGCAGAUCCAAUGGUAUGGCAUCAUCGCCACCACAAACAUGUCAUUGGCUCAGCCUCCCCAAGAAGCCAUCAACCACACCUGGUAUGACCACUACUAUGGAAGACAUGAGUCCUACCUGGCCACCCUGCUCCCCAACCCCUUCUAUCCGGGGCCCUGGGCUGUACCAACAUCCUGGACGGUGCUUGUGGGUACAGAGGACUGUGGUCAGACCCAGGAGAUAUGUAAUGGGCAGCUUAAGACAGGUGCUCAGUAUAGGUUCAGUGUUGCUGCUUUCACCAGGUCCAGUCCUCCUGAGCCCAGUAUCUCCUUCUCAGCCUUCUCAGAGCCCCGUGCCAGCGUUUCUCGGAUGGCUGUGCCCCUUCCUGUGGUGGCGGGCACCUUGGCGGGCUGUAUCCUCACCAUCUGUGUCGUGCUGGGCCUGCUGUGCUGGCGGCGAGUCAAAGGGCAGAGGGCAGAGAAGAAUCCAUUUUCUCAAGAGCUUACCGCUUACAACAUGCGGAGGACCCACAGGCCAAUCCCCAUCCAGAGUUUCCGGCAGAGCUAUGAGGCCAAGAGUGCUCACGCUCACCAGGCUUUCUUUCAGGAGUUUGAGGAGCUGAAGGAGGUGGGCAAGGAACAACCCAGACUGGAGGCCGAACAUCCUGCCAAUGCCACCAAGAACCGCUACCCACAUGUGCUGCCCUAUGACCACUCACGGGUCAGGCUGACUCAGCUGGAGGGAGAACCCCACUCCGACUACAUCAAUGCCAACUUUAUCCCAGGUUACACCCACCCGCAGGAAUUCAUUGCUACCCAGGGGCCUCUCAAGAAAACUCUGGAGGACUUCUGGAGACUAGUGUGGGAGCAGCAGGUCCACAUCAUCGUGAUGCUGACCGUUGGCAUGGAGAAUGGGAGGGUGCUGUGUGAGCAUUACUGGCCAGCUGACUCCACCCCUGUCACCUAUGGCCACAUCACUAUACACCUCCUGGCCGAGGAGCCCAAAGAUGAGUGGACCAAGCGUGAAUUCCAGCUGCAGCAUGCUUCUGAGCAACAACAGCGCAGGGUGAAGCAGCUACAGUUUACUACCUGGCCUGACCACAGCGUGCCUGAGGCCCCAAACUCCCUGCUCACCUUUGUGGAACUGGUACAGGAGCAGGUGUGGGCCUCCCAGCGUGCGGGGCCCAUCCUGGUGCACUGCAGUGCCGGUGUGGGCCGGACAGGCACCUUUGUGGCUCUGACAAGGCUGCUGCAGCAGCUGAAGGAGGAGCAGAUGGUAGAUGUGUUCAAUGCGGUGUAUGCUCUGCGGCUGCACCGGCCCCUCAUGAUCCAAACCCCGAGUCAGUACAUCUUCCUGCACAGCUGCCUCCUGAACAAGAUUCUGGAAGGGCCCUUGGACACCUCAGAGUCCAGGCCUAUCUCCGUGAAGAACUUUGCUCAGGCCUGCACCAAGAGGGCAGCCAACGCCAACGCUGGCUUCUUGAAGGAGUACGAGCUCCUACUGCAAGCCAUCAAGGAAGAGGCUGGCUCUCUGACGCCCCCUCCUGGCUUUGAGCACCACAGCAGCGUCCUCUACGAUCGUUCUCAAGUGCAAUUUUCUCCUUUGGAAGAGAGUACCUCUGACGAGAUGCCUGAAGCCUGGCUCUUCCCUGGUGGGCCUUCCGGUAGAGACCACGUGGUGCUGACAGGCCCCGCUGGGCCGGAGGAAUUCUGGGAGCUGGUGUGGGAGCACAGGGCUGAGGUGCUGGUCUCCCUGAGCCCACCUGACAGGCAGAAGAAGUCCACCCCACCUUACCCCCAGGAGUUCUGGCCCACGGAGCUGCGUCCCAUCAUCACAGAUAUGGUGACUGUGCACUGGGUGGCCGAGAGCAACAAGGCAGGCUGGCCCUGCACCGUUCUCAGGGUCACACACGGGGCAAGCAGGAAGGAGAGGCAGGUGCAGCAACUGCAGUUUCCAUCCUGGGAGUGCGGGCAUGAGUUGCCUGCCACCACUCUGCUGCCCUUUCUGGAUGCUGUGGGCCAGUGCUGCUCCCAGGACAAGAGCAAGAAGCCAGGCACACUGCUCAGCCAUUCCAGCAAGGGUGUGGACCAGCUGGGCAUCUUCCUGGCGAUGGAGCAGCUGCUGCAGCAGGCAGGGGCAGAGUGCACCGUGGACGUCUUUAACGUGGCCCUGCAGCAGUCACAGGCCUGUGGCCUCAUGACUCCAACGCUGGAACAGUAUAUCUACCUCUACAACUGUCUGAACAUCGCGCUGGUGGAUGAGCUUCCCUGA